AAAAGGGCGGGAAAGCCCUUUGGGUGGCCCCGCCCCCUCCCCUUGCCUCCGCCUUCUGCUGCUGCCCCUUCAACCUCUUUCAGGCGGGAGGGCAGGUGCCACUCACCCCUCCCUCCUCGCUCUAGUCCCGCCCCUCCAGCGGCGGCCGCCUGAAGCCCAGUGUCGGCCUGCUGUGCGGCGGCGGAAGCAGCUGGCAGCGGGGCCUUUAAGGCUGGCGCAAAGGAGGGAGCGCGGCUGAGGGAGGAGGCGGAGGGAGCCGUCCAGCCCGCAGUGGCCCCGCCGCCGUUGCCUUCGCCGCAGGAGCCGCAAAGAGGAGCCUUUCCCGGCUCGUUGUGGGCGUGAGGAUGGCAGGAAGGCGGCCGCGGUGAGCCCUUCCUCAGUAUGAACAGUGCUGAAAGACUUUUUGCUGGUGCUCCAGUGAUGAAGUUGUGUGAAUAAAAUAUUCCCUUAUAGCCUACAAGCUCUCAUUGUGAACUCAUGUUGAAGGCACAUGGGCAGGCUGAAAAAUGAUGGCUACCUUCAGUAAACUCAAUCUGGCUGUUAUCAUUAGCAGUUUUGCUAUAUUUCAGUUCGGCUUCCACUCACUAAGUGCUUGGAUUUCUUCACGUGUAACUUCUGGUUUUAACAAUCUUGACCAAAAGAAGAAAAUUGAAUGGAAUUCAAGGACAGUUUCUUCGUUCCAUGCCUUGUUGGUUGGAGCAUUUUGCAUGUAUAUUCUAUUAUAUGAUGAUGCUGUAAAUGCUGACCAUGUUUGGGGUGAUCCUUCUAUAGUGCAAAUAAACCUUUCUAUUACUUCAGGCUACCUCAUUUCAGAUCUGCUGCUUCUUAUUUUCUACUGGAAGGCAAUUGGGGAUAUAUUUUUUAUAAUUCACCAUAUCGCAGCUCUGUAUGCUUAUUACUUUGUACUGCGAUGGGGAUUGUUGGCAUAUUUUGCCAAUUUUCGUCUGCUUGCAGAAUUUUCUACCCCUUUUGUGAAUCAGCGAUGGUUUCUUGAAGUUCUGUGCUACCCCAAGGAUUCAAAAUUCAAUAUCAUCAAUGGAGUACUAAUGACAAUUGCAUUCUUCCUGGCGAGAAUCAUAAUCAUGCCAAUUUAUUACGCCAAUGUUUACGCUGAGUUGGGAACAGAAGCUUUCUACCGAUUGGGAUUCGCAGCUCAGUGUGCCUGGUUUUCUUCCUGCUUUGUCUUGGAUGCCAUGAACUUAAUGUGGAUGGUCAAAAUUACAAGGGGUUGUUGCAAAGUUCUCCGUCUUAUUGGACAAAGAUCCAAAGCUCUUAAGAAUGGCAAAUCUGACUAGAAGACUUCAUAUCUAUAUCUACAUAUCUAUACUAGAGCACCUUUGGGUACAUUGAAAAAACAAUGGGAACUUUUGACAUAAAAAAGCUCCUUUUAAGGACAUAAGGUAUUACCUCUUUUGAAUUUAGCCCUCCCCUUAACCCCGUGGCCUUGGCGCACAGGGCCACUGCAUUGGAAGACUUGCAUUAUGUGGAAUGGGAAACAACAACACGCUGUAUACACUGAUCCUAGCAGUGUGGUCUAAGCACUUAGUAGACAAAUGAACCUGCAAAGGAACAAACUCUUCUAGCACACUGUUCCUAGGAAUUUUCACUCAGGUUUCUUAGACUGAUGUGUUUUUAAUGCCUGUGAAUGUCAGGAUCUUUGGUUUACGUUCUGCUAAUACAGCAGCUUUCCUGGCAUGUUCUUCUGCUUUCUUAAUGUUUGAUAUUCAUAACUGAGGCUUCAUCUUUUGUCAACUUUUUUACAUUUUUGCAAGUAAUUUGCUUUGAAUCUAUAAUCUUUUACUGCAUUUUCUGCUGCCUUAUAUGCAUGCACAUGACCUUCGGGAUUUACAUAAACAUAUACAUUUUACAUAAAUGUGUAGAAUUUGAGGUUUCUUUUUAAAGGCCAAUUACUCGUACUAACUCUUACUGUACAUAAAGAAUGACGAGUUGUUUUCAGCUCUCGCUCCCCUCUAUAUCUGAAUUCUACUACAUGUUAGCAUGAUAAACAGUAUAGAAACGAGCAGUUUCUUGUAUCAGUGUUCCUUCCCCUUUCAUGAUUAUUGGGACCUUAUAUGUUUUUAGUGCAUUGUCAUAUCACUAUGUAGUUUUUUUUUGUGGAGUGUACAUUGGUGAAGGAAAGAAGGCAUUAAUCUGUUUGGAAUAUGUGAAUUGUCAUAAGAACCACUGAAGCUAAGAAAUGCAUAACUUGUUAUUUAUUUUCAUUGCCAUUCUGCUCUCUCUUCUCCAAAGCAAACUGAGAAAUAAGAAAUUGCCUCAUCAAAUGGAAAAAUCCUUAAUAAAAUCAUAGAUGCAAUUUUUAAUUUUGUAUUAGAGCAAUUCUGCAAAGCUGAUACAUUGAUACAUUGAUACAACAGUUAGAGAGAAAUAUCAAAGUCAUCUAGCUCUUGACUUUUCAAUGAGAGUGAUAUGUCUAAUGUUACUCUUAAAGGAAAAGUACAAGAAGCUGUGUCGUUCUGUUGGCUCAAGUAGCAUAAAUAACAGCUUAGUUUGAUGUCAUAAUGCCUUGUAAGGGCAAAGCUAUUGGAUCUAACACUUGAAGGAGGAUAAAAAUGGGAUUUUACCAAAUGGCAGAGGUUUGCUCUUUAGGGUUGUAUCCAGUGACACUAUUUGAUAUAACUAAGUGAAAAGAAAAUAUUUGUAAGAAAAACCGACAACUGACUCUUAUUUGUUUACACUGAUUUUAAACACUCUCUACUGUCAUGAUCUCAAGCCUAUUUUAUUUUUUACUCGAUUCUUGAGCUGUAUCUUGAAUCAAAUGUUCACCUAAUGUGCCAUUUGUCUUAAUGUUUUAAAUAACGUGUGUCAUAACUUGCUGCUAAUGUGUUAAUUUUCACAUUUCUAUAGAAAUAAGCAGGAACAUUGUAGAGAACAGGCUGAAUUCCUGUGUUUUGUCCAGAAAUAAUUUCAUGUCUCUAUUGUGUGAUUUCUUCUUACUGUUCCUUUUCUAAGACCUAUAUGCCCAUGGCUUCUAGAUAAUAUGGGUUUAAAGAAGGAAUUACUAUGAAGGGCAAAUUUUCCUCUUUCUUACUGUAUUUAUAUUUCUUUAUAGCUUGUUAAACAAUGUCAUGUUUGCCAGAUUAGAGUGAUUGCUUCCUGUUCAAUGAAAUUACAUAGAUUGUCAUGACCAUUCAUUUUUCUUUACAUUAGUAUUCUCAUAUCUUAUGUAUUAAUAUAGUAGCAUUAGCUGUGUUCAGAGAUGCAUUUUCAUCACUUGGCGACAGAAGCAUAUUAUGUAUUGACUUAAAGACCACAAAUAAGGUGUUUCUUAUGACACUGUUUGUGUACUUUAUACACUUAGCUAUGAGUCUUUAAAUGGUGAGAGAUCAAGUGAUAUAUGUGCAUGUGUGAACUAAACAAAUAUUUUAUUUUGUUUUUUUGUAAUUAUAAGCCAUUUUUUUUCCUGCCAAGCCUUUGUGUGUGUCAAAAAGCCUAAAAAUACAAAAUCUAAAUAAACACUUGUAAUUUGUUUAGAUGAAAAUGGGGAAGUUGUUAACAAACAACAAAUGUAUAGGCUAAGCUUGGGUACUGGUUAGUCCCCUUUGAUUUGUUCAUUUUGAUUGCAAAGUGCCUGACACAUUUGUUAUCCAUGAAUUAGUUACUUUUUAUUCCAUCACUGAGACAGAACUAAAUAGUGGUUUGUGAUCUUAAUUAAGUUAAAAUAGUGACCAAAUGUUAAAGCUGUUAAAGUAAGACCCUUGUAUCUACAGAGGAUACAUUCCAAGAUGAAUUGCAGCUACUGAAAACUGUGGAUAAUUCGGAACACCAGUAAAAUAAAUGACUUGUGGUCCCAGUAUACAAUAGAGAACAUAGACAUUUCUCAAGGUGUCCUUAUCUAGGCCUCCAGCAACUUCUCAAAGCAGAGAGUCACGGGGGGGGGGGGGGGGGGCUGUAUUGUCCCGGCACUAUGGAAACCCACAAGUGAAGGGCUCACGUUUCUGCUAAAGAUUUUUUUUUCUCUCUCAGAAAAUAGCUAGGUUACAAAGUGAAGUCUUGUUCUGUUUCAUAGGGAAGUACAGGGACGUACUAGCACAAUAAGGACCCAUAGCUAAGCAUUUGACAACUGGGUGAUCUGGCCACUGUUCCAACUUGUUUGCUGGGUGGCUCACUUCUAAGUGUGUUUUUUACUUCUUUGUUGGGGUGAAGUUACCAUUCAAAAUAUUUCAGUCUUUUUUCAAUAAUAACUUAAAAAGCAAACUAUUUUAUGUUCAUUGUAAAUAGGAUAUUUAAUUUCUUCAACAGUGACAAAUUAUGUGGUUUCUGAAGAGGUUUCUUAGAAGGUCUUCUCCUAGGUUUUUGCUCUCAGACUCUUCAAGCUUAAAAAUAAUACGAGUGACAUGGAUUUUCAUCCACAAAAGUCAUUUAGAUUCUGCAUAAUAUUGGGAUCAAUUUCAGCAUGUUAAGUCUCCCUUCUUUGGAGUUACUGCAAUUCAUGGGUAUUAAAUCAACAUCAGGUAAUAUUAAAUGUUCACGUUUGUGCUCUUGUAUUUUUUCCACUCCAUUAAAAAAGGCAAUCUUAUACUUACCUAUGACAAAAACUGUUGAAUUCAAUGAGGUUUAUACCUGAGUAAGUAUUCAUAGGAUUGCACUUAAUAUAUUUAGUUUGUCCUUCUGUCUCUAUAUUAAGAAUUUAAAAUACCUUUAUUUUGGAAGGUUGCAGAAUGUAUUAUUUUAAUUGGAAAGUGCAAGAUACAUAAGCUUGUAGCCUGCUUGAUUUUAUUUAUUCAUUUAUUUAAUUUGUAAAUAAAAGCAUUUCUUUAUUUCA